AUGGUCGCCAUACCAUCGGACCUACAAGUGUUCGUGAAAUGGAAAGAGCAGACAGUCUUUGCCGGUGAAGACGUCGAAUGUACAAUCACCUUUAAAAAUGUUGCAGAGAUCGCCGAGGAGAAAGCGAACAAUACACCUCAACAACAACACCAGCGCAGAGUAUCCCGACCUUUGAAUGCUGCGAAUGGUAACAAUAAUGAUGGCUAUUUUGCAGCCAAGUCUUCGCCUACCUUCUUCUUCAAUGGGAGUCGACGCUCGGUUCCAUCGAGUCCUCGCCGGCCGAUGAUGGGUUCGCAUCGGGUUUCUGCGUCUUUGAGCUCGCCUUUGACGGGGUCUCAUAGCUUUCCACCUCUGCAUACGCCGCCACAAUUGAACAAUGGUCCGCCAAAUUCGCACAAACACAAACGAUCGGUGUCGAUUCUGUCGAUAGAGAGUGAUAAUGGAGCUGCAUUGGAGAAGUCACCGGCGCCACAAUUCUCUCGUUCACGACCAUGGGGUCAUGGGCGCUCGGCUAGCUUACAGGCUCCUCCUAGCCGCUCAAACGGGUUGGACGAGUUUUUGGGCAACGGCAGGAACUCGGCUAGGGGCAUUCCGAAAGAAUCGGCUCUCAGCCCGCGCCUUGAGGCUGAAAAAGCAGGCCGAACUAUCCCGGCUAGCCCAAGCAACGCAAGCCAUCUCAGGAGUCCUCGUACCAGACCCCCAUCCUUUCCCACCGACUUCAAAUUCCCACCGAGCCCGGAUCCUGCAGCCGAGACCGACGGCAACACAUCCAAUGGCGCCACCGCAGGCGCAAAUAAUGAUGGACCAGCGUCGCGGCAACUGGCUAAACAGCCACUGUCUCUUACACAACAACCACAUUUAGCUCCUGCAACAAGGAUACUCUCGAGUUCUAGCGCCAAUGGAAGUAACAGAAGCAGUGGCGAGUUUUAUGCAGCCAGCAACAUCUCAACCGACACACUCGAGUCUGAAUACACAAAUUAUGGUGGAAAUAGAUCAAAGGCUAACCUGGCUAAACAUCGACGACAUUACUCGAGCUUGGAGCCAAUUGGUAGGAAAAGAGAUGUUUUGACGCUGUUGAUGGGCUACGCGCAGGUCAGCGCAUCGUUCACAGUUGACGGUUCACUUAUCAAUCAGUCAGCAUUUGAGGAAGUGAAACGCAAAGGUGUUGUUGGUGGGCAGACCAGCGGCCGUAAGCAGGAGAAACCGCGACGAGCUGGUGGGUUUCUAGGUGCAUUCGGAUGGGACGCAAUUGAAGAGUCUAUCAGCGGUUUACUAUCGAAUGGCGACCUGGAGGGAUUGAGAGAUAUGCGAGGAGUUACGUCUUCGAAUUCAAUUCCUUUACUUUCGACGCCGCAAUCCCUUCUCUUCGUCGACUUGCGACUCGGCCCUGGAGAGGAGAAGUCAUAUUCAUUUUCAUUCACAUUGCCUAGAGGACUUCCGGCUAGCUAUAAGGGAAAGGCUAUAAAGAUAUCCUACAAUCUAGUUAUUGGUACCCAGCGACCAAGCGGUCCGAAAGAAUCUCAACAAGUCAACAGGAUUAACGUACCUUUUCGAGUUUUUAGUGGAGUCAAUGAUCAAGGAGAUGUUCUUGGUCACGACCUUAUGCAGCCAUACGUUCUAUUACGUGAUGAAGCGCGUGUGCAGAAAGUGAGUAGUAUACCGCGUCCACCGCAGAAAGAUAAAAGUAUUAGUGGACCGACUUGGGCCACGGCUCCUGAGUUUUUGUCUUACGUGGAUGAAAUUCUGGAGAAACACGAAACACAGAAUCUCCGCACGCCGGGACCACCAAUUGGUACACCGGUCGAGAGAAGACGUUCAAGCGCGGGACUGGGGCCUCCUCUAACCUGCAAAGAAGCCAUUGAGUUUGCCAUUCUUCGCAGUAACCAGGUUACCAGCUCCAAUCGCAGUGCAAAUCGCUUUGAUAUCGCCCGGAAUGGCCGCCGCAUUGCUGUAGUCGUUCUGAACCGCCCAUCUCAUCGAUUAGGAGAGACUGUCCUUGCCACGAUUGAUUUUACAGAUGCAACAUUACCAUGCUUUUCUUUACGAGCGACUCUAGAGACGUCCGAAAAAGUUGAUCCUUCAUUAGCCUUGCGAUCCAACACAAGCAUCCAUCGAGCUACUCGACGUAUAUAUGCGUCCUACUUCGAAAACACCUUAUUCUCUACGCGAGUGGUCUUUAGCCCUGCAAUCCCAAUCUCAGCAACGCCUACAUUAUUGACUACCGGUAUAAAGCUCGACUGGGAUUUGCGCUUCGAAUUUGUCACGACACAUUCCAAACACGAUGCAGAUGUGAGUCUGUCUGGCCAUAGGCUUUUAGAGUUGCUUGGUCAAGACGAGCGAGGCUCGGUGUACUCCGCGCUGGAGAAUUUGCCCUGUGAAUCUUUUGAGAUUGCUAUUCCUUUGACUGUUUAUGGGGAGACGGUUCGGGAGCCGUUGGCUGAGGAGAGUGAGGGCUAUCCUAUUUAA